GACUUAUACACAAGAAUAGGAACGAUUCAAGGUCUUAUUCUCAUAAUUGAGCUUAGACUGUCGGUAUAAACAAUUGGAGUCGUCCUUUCUUUUAAGCAAGCAGAUAGCCUCGAAACUCAGACUCCAGUACGGAGUACAGAUUUUGAUAUAUCAUCAGUUUUUAAGAGCUUAAGCAUCGGAGUAGAUGCGCCAAACACUCUGUGCCCGCUGCAGGCCCCUAGCUGGCCUAACGCGAAGACAGGUCAUACGCCCAGCAACACAACAGCAAAGACGUAACGAGUCUACUAUUAGCAGCGAUGUCAGUACCGAUGAGCAGGGAGAAGUAACCAAGAAACGCAAGCCGAAUGUCAUCUUCUCCGGCAUCCAACCCACCGGUGUUCCGCACCUAGGAAACUACCUAGGGGCAUUGCGGCAAUGGAGGAAACUUCAGGAUGACGCAGAGCCCGAGGAUAGACUGCUCUUCUCCGUUGUAGACCUGCACGCCAUCACCAUGCCCCAAGACGCCAAGGUCCUACGUCUGCGGCGCCGGGAGAUGCUGGCCGCGCUACUAGCCAUCGGCCUCGACCCGGAGAAAGGGUCUACGAUAUUCUUCCAGAGCUCCGUGCCUCAGCAUACCGAGCUCAUGUGGAUUCUCAGCUGUACGGCGUCGAUGGGGUAUCUAGGGAGGAUGACGCAGUGGAAGAGUAAAAUCCAAAUGAACAAUAAAGCAGGCGACCUUGAAGACGCAGCCAUGACAAAUCUAAAGCUAGGCCUAUUCUCCUACCCCGUGCUCCAAGCAGCCGAUAUCCUAGUGCACCGCGCAACCCACGUCCCCGUCGGCGACGACCAGCGACAGCACCUAGAGUUCGCGCGCGAGUGUGCGACUAAUUUCAACCACACGUUCAAGAACAUCCUCGUCCCGCCCGAGACCAUGACCACCCCCUCCCCCCGCAUAAUGUCCCUAACCCACCCCGACUCCAAAAUGUCAAAAUCAACACCCAACCACCGCUCCCGCAUAAUCAUAACCGCCCCUCCAAACGAGAUCCGCUCCCGCAUAAUGAGCGCCGUAACCGACAGCCACAACGGCGUAACCUACGAUCCCGAGAUGCGGCCCGGCGUCGCCAACCUCCUCGAACUGCUAUCGCAAUGCAACAACGCCCAAGAAAGCCGCCCUCUGGCCCCCGACGAGCUGGCGCGCCAGCUUUCCGGCGCCUCGCUCAAGGAUCUGAAGGAGCUCGUGGCGGAGGCCGUGUGCAUAGAAUUGCGCGGGGUGAGGGACCGGCAUGACGAGUUUUUGAAUCGGAAGGGGGGUAAGUGGCUUGAUGAGAUUGAGGCUGAGGGCGCCGAGGUGGCGAGGCGGAAUGCGGAGGAGACGAUGAGGAUGGUGAGGGAUGCGGUGGGCUUGGGACCGGGGGCGCGGCUUAUCUAGGGUGCCUAGUGUACGAGGAUAAAAAAGCACAUUAGAGAAGCUAAAGACGUAUAUUAUACUCGUUAGCUACGAUAGAUGCGACAUCGUCGUAGUUAGCAUCUGUAGUAUUAUUCACAACUUCACUACAAACUACUACGGCGGAAUUACGCG